AUGGAUGACAUUUUCAUAACAGGGAAUAAUGAGAAGGCAAUUGGUGACCUCAAGAAGUUCCUCAGCAGUUGUUUUAAGAUUAAAGAUCUUGGACCACUCAAAUACUUUCUUGGCAUAGAAGUUGCACGUUCCAAAGCUGGAAUUACAAUUUGUCAACAAAAGUAUACGUUUGAUAUAUUGGAGGGAGCCGUCUUACUUGGAGUAAAACCUACAAAAGUACCUAUGGAGCCUGAUUUGGUGUUAACUACAAAAGGGAAUGAUGCUCUCAAGGAUCCUUCUCGUUACCACCGAUUAAUUGGGAAAUUGACCUGUCUCACAAUCACCCGGCCAGACAUUGCAUAUGUUGUGAAUACACUCAGCCAAUUCAUGCAGGAACCCAAGCUACACCACCUUAAGACAACACACCGUCUUCUCCAAUACCUCAAGGCAGUCGCAGGACAAGGCUUGCUAUUUCCUUCUCAUAGUCCAUUUCAUUUGAUCAGAUAUUGUGACGCUGAUUGGGCAAGGUGCCUGAUUACACGCCGAUCAGUGACGAGAUAUUGUGUAUUUCUUGGCAAGUCACUUGUAUCAUGGAAGAGUAGUAAGAAGCAAGUUACGAUAUCUAGAUCAUCUGCCGAAGCUGAAUAUUGGUCUAUGGCUGCAGCUGCUUGUGAACUUACUUGGUUGAAAUACUUGUUGAGAGAUUUACGUGUACAACACCCUAAGCCAGCAAGACUAUUUUGUGACAAUCAAGCUGCCUUACACAUUGCAGCAAACCCAGUUUAUCAUGAACGAACAAAGCACAUUGAGUUAGAUUGUCACACCGUUCGUGAAAGAAUUCAAAGAGGGGAAGUCAAAACUGCUUAUGUGCAAACUGGAAAUCAAAUAACUGACUUGUUUACAAAGCCACUAAGAGCACCUGCUUUCCACACGCACCUUGGCAAGUUGGGUGUUAAUGAUAUCCACACUCCAACUUGA